AUGGAUCUCUCCCCUGCUCGCCAGUCGAGGCAGCCUCGCUUCGCCAUCACCGCUUCGUUCACACUCAUCGUGGUGUUCCUCAUCUGGCUGCUCCUCCCGAGGCGCGCGACACUGGACGAUGAGAUCCUCCCGCCCCCCAUCAUCUCCAAGGCGGUGACGGUGCUGAAGGGCGAGCAAGUGAGCGGCACGGUCACAUUCACGCAGACAGAGCCUACCGCACCAGUCACCGUGUCCGGCGAACUCAAGAACCUGGACCCCUCCGCCCAGCGCGGGUUCCAUAUACAUGCUUCGGGUGACUUGAGCAACGGCUGCCUUUCCGCAGGCCCGCACUUUAACCCGUUCAGCCGGACCCACGGUGCACCCACCGACAAAAACCGACAUGCGGGCGACUUGGGAAACAUCGAGAGCGACUCUAAGGGCGUGGCGACCUUCUCAUUCGAGGACACUUUCAUCUCCCUGAAUGGGCCGCUGAGCAUCGUUGGGCGCGCAGUCGUUGUUCACGCGGGUACCGACGACCUCGGGAGAGGUGGGGACGACGAGUCGCUCAAAACAGGAAAUGCCGGCGCACGCGCCGCUUGCGGCGUCAUCGGAAUCGCUGCCUGA